AUGGCAGUAAUGUUAGCGGCAGUAAUGUCGUCACUAUCCUCAGUGUACAACAGUGCUAGUACAAUAUUUACUAUAGAUAUAUGGCAAAGAAUACGACCAAGGGUAAAUAUACAAUUCAUUUGGUACACCAAGGAUGAUCUCGCGCGAAUGUAGUGAAUUCACAACUUUGGAUAAUUCUCAUGCCUAGUUGUUGGCAUGUGUAUCUCUGUGUGUGUUUGUCUGUCAGAACGAUAACUCAAAAAAUAUCAAACGUAUUAAUACAAAAAACUGGUGGGAAUAAUGCAUGACAUUGCUCAAGAACAAAUUGAUUACAUUUUGGUUAAAUUUGGAUAAAAAUUGUAUUAGAAAUUAGCAAAAGUUUGUCUUGCUUUGCCUGGCAGAUUAAAGUGCAUAUGACAUGAAAUAACCUCGUCCUCAGGGCCUUUGUGCUGAGAGGCGCGUGCUGAGAAGGCACAAAGGCCCUGGGGACGAAGUUGGAUAUGAAAUUUCUUAUUUUCUUGAAUAAAAGAACUCUUUAAGCUGUCAUGUGACGUAUUUUUCUGUUUCUUGUUUUUAUGGUUUGUUCCCGAGAUAUUUCAAUUUGUUUGAUAUGGAAAUGAGUGUGAAUAUGUCCGCUAAUUUAUGACGUCAUGGUGGUUGCAAGCUCCUCAAAAUGUUUGAAUAUCACUGCCGGGGACGCCGGAAUUGGGGGGGGGACAGGAGGGGCAGCCGCCCCCGUUGCCCUUUGCCAAGAGGGCAAGGGGGCAAAGGUGGCCUUUCAAUUUAAAGGAUUGCCUUGGCGAAGUAGCGAAUUGUCAGAAAUGUUAGUGCAAUUCUUUUACGAAUUUGCCUCAGAAAACGCAAGAAAUGCAGUCAUCGAGCUUCAAGAAUAGCACAAUCGCCUGGCGGAGAACCCCCUCACACCCCUAUCAUCCAAUAAAUAGAAAACAUGAUUAGGCCAAGUUCAACUCCCGAUGUUUUGCAAACAUCUCUCAGUAUAUAUCAAUUCAAAAGUGCCCUUUCACGAAAACCUGUCCCCCUUGCCUUUAUAUCGUUCCGGCGUCCUUGAUCACUGCUAUCAUCCAAAAUAAUAUUUUGAAAUUUCACUCACUGGUAAAUGUGAUGAAAUGCUGGAGAAAAACGUGAACUGAUAUAUCUACAGUUUUUAGAGUUAAUAGAUUUAUAACCAGUGUAAGUUGAGCUUGCAACCAACGUGACGUCAUAAAUUAGCGGACAUAUUCACAUUCAUUUACUUAUCAAACAAAUUGAAAGAUCUCGGGAACAAACCAAAACAAGUAACUGAAAAAUAAGUUACACUACAGCUUAACGAGUUCUUUCAUUUCACAAAAUAAGAAAUUUCAGGUCAUGUACAGUUCUUUAUGUGAAUUAUAAAGAUAAUUUGUAUAUGACUCACCGAGUUCAUUUUUAGGCAAGUGACCGAGAAAAACUUGCGGUUGGCCGAGCUGUUGUCGCUAUCCUUGUGGACCUGGGUCUCGUCUGGAUGCCUUUAAUUGAAAGUGAGAAAAUGAAUUGUUUUAAAUCCCUUAUUCACAGAUGUCCACUUGCAAAAAACCUUGAAAAUCAGCUCAAAUCACCAAGAAAUUUGCCUGAAAAAAAGCUUGAACAAACAUUGGGGGUGGGGGUGGGGUUACAUUCUCCCUUACACCCCCGGUAGCCACGGCCCUGACUGCAUGCCAUGCGAAAAUCACAAAAAAAUACAUAUUGAAUCAAACGUCAUGUUCAGUAUCUAUUGUGCCCACCAACAACAUAGACAUAUCUGCUUAUAUUUUUCAAGGGGGAGGCAGUGGCAAGCUAUUUCGCUACAUUGCAACCAUCGUGUUCCUGUUCGGCUCACCUAUCAUGGCCAUAUUCAUCGUGGGAUUGAUCUGGCCACGAGCCAAUGAGCCUGGUGCGCUGGGAGGCUUUCUGAUUGGCUUAUUAUUAGCAGCAGCGAGAUUUGCUAUGGAAUAUAUCUAUGCCAGUCCUGCAUGUGGCGAGCCCGACACACGACCAGCGUUUGCUUCUAUACACUAUAUGUACUUUGGUAAGUGUUCAAUAUAUACGAUUUGAGGUUUGCGGUUAACGGUCUGCCGUAAACCAUUGGCGAAGCUGGCCAUAGAAACUGGACGUGAUAUGAAAAAUUUUAAUGAUUUGCAUCAUUCAAACCUUUAGAUUCGAUUUCCACCGUGGUCAGGCUAACGUUUCAGCUUGCCCGGUGUGGAUAUACACUCAGAGUAACAUCACAAACAUCAUAUUCACCUGAGUACAUAACACCAACACACGUAGAAAUCAUGAUAGUUUAGAAAUGUAUUGUAGAUGCAGGUUUAUUAGCAUGCAUAGCAUGACCAGUUGCCAUGGCAUGGUUAGCUUCGCCAAUCGUAAGGUAUCUAAUAACGGAGGCUUUAUUUUCCUUUUCUAGGAAUCAUUCUGUUUGUUGUGACUGUGGCAACCAUCGUCAUAUUAAGUCUCCUAACUAAACCGAUCCCAAGAGAAGGACUGGAUGGCUUGACAUGGGUCACGUUAAAGAAUUAG